GUAAAGUGUUCUUUCAACAAGUAUCAAUGCUAUAUGAAACUUGACAGUUACGAUUCCUCAUUUUCGUAUACAAUACAUUCUCCAUAUGAACUGACAACGAGUGAAACUAAAUUUCUAAAUGUUAAUGACAUGGAAGAAUAUGUGAUAUCAUUUGUGGUACAAGAGACCAUCGCUAAUGAUAAACUACGGGAUUUAUCAAUAAGCCAACGAAAAUGUGUAUUCUCCGAUGAAGAAAAUGAAGGUAACAAGUUUCGAAGCUACAAUACAUGUGUUAUGCGUUGCCGAGCCGCUAGAGCCUUCGACAAAUGUCAUUGUAUACCUCACUUCUAUCGUUUUCAAAAUGAUGGUCCUGUGUGCACAAUACAAGGUUUACGAUGUUUGGCGAAGUAUUCCGAUUGGUACGAUAAAAAAUAUUGCCACUGCUUAAAACCAUGCACUGAGAUAGUCUACGUAGCUGUUCACACGAGCAAAAAUCAAUGGACAAGCGCAAAAGGAAUACCUUUCAAACAAAAGUCAUCGCUUCGUUGGGAGGUUCUGCAACCAAAAACGCGAUUCCGCAGGGAUGUUCUAUUUGGAAUUGAGGAUCUUAUCGUAUCAUUUGGUGGAUGUAUUUCUCUUUUCAUGGGACAAGACCUAUUCACAGUGGAGUUUCCUGAACCUGCAAUUUGUCCGGAGCCCAUCGCCGUGACCUCAUCGAAUGCUAACGUACCGUCUGCUAUCCCGAUUCAAAGCAGCCGACAGCAAAUUGAUAUUCCUUUCGCAUCGUCAACGUUGAAUGCUCCCGGCCUAAAUACGACGGGAAGAGAAGAUCUCCUUACGCAGGAGGAAACCGUAGGAGGUGCAAGUGUAAACAUAGAAGGUGUAGCGUUGAGCACCGGUAUUGGAAAAAAAUGGGAAAGUGUGAUUGGACCAAUUCCACGGCCAGCAUCCCUAGGUGCAGUUCGUCGACCUACAGGUCCACCACAACCGGGUGCACUUAGCCAGCCGCCGUCUGCUACAACAUCGUUAUUACUCCCGAACCAAUAUCCUCAACCAAUUGCAAAAGCGACAGGUCCUGUACCGGAUGUUACACAGUACCACUAUUUCCAAAUGAGAUUGGACAAAAUUUACCGCAGUCGAGGGGCGUCGACAUUAUGA